GUGAAUUGUUAUUUAUCAUUAACUCGGCAUGCUACGAGUGUAAGUACAAGCUAUCCUAUAACAACCUUCUAAUACAGUACUGUUUCAAAGUUCAGAAUUUAACUAUCUGUUGCACUCCAGGACUCUUUCAAACACAAAAGGCUAGCAAAUUAGAAAGAAUGUCUUUUGAGGUUUUCUUUACUGCACUGUGGGAUACAAUGUGAUAAGCUCACUUGUAAAAUGGACGUAUUUGGAAUUAAUGUCAAAAUACUAGUAGACCCUGACUAACUUUGGAACUCAUUCAUAUUUUUCAGAAUUCAAUUGUUAGAGGCUUGCAUAACUGUAGAGACAGUCACAGUUGCAUGUAACAAACUCGAUACUUGUCAAAUGGACGUUUUAAGUAAUUUCAGUGUCUAGUCACCCAAAAGACUAAAAUGGAGGAAUGUAUCAUCCACGGCCAAGAAGAAGAAGUAACAUCGCAAACUGUGCAUGAAUACUUCUCCAACUUCAUAAGAGCUCAAAAAGUUCUCAACAAAACAGCCCUAAAGGAGGGGGAAUCAACGUAUUCAUUUGAGGAGUUAGAUGCAGCAUCGGAUGAAAUAGCAACGCGAUUGCUAUCCGGUCAAGGAGAACGCUAUGCGAAGCAAGAAUCCCCUAUUGUUUGUAUCAUGAUACCACCAAGUAUACAAAGAAUAUGUGCCCUGUUUGGAAUAUUAAAAAGUGGCGCAGCAUACCUGCCACUUGAUCCAGGUAUACCUAGCCAAAGGCUGAUAACAAUGUUCGCUGAAACUGACCCCAUUUGCGUUGUUACAGUCAAUGAAUCGGAGACGGAGAAUAUUAAAGACGCGAUUCUUCAAUCAAAGAGAGAACUGGGAAUCGUAGCGUACGAUAGCCUGAUUGGUGAUAACCCGGGGACGAAUGAUGAACACAUAACUAACGGGCGCAAGUCUGAGCUUGCAAGUGUGUUAUACACAUCAGGUAGCACCGGGACGCCGAAAGGAGUGAAGUUGACACACAGAAAUAUAAUGAAUCGACUGAUGUGGCAAUGGCGGGAAUUUCCUUUCGAUGAUGAUGAUAUAGGUUGUCACAAAACAUCUCUACUAUUUGUGGACUCCUUGACUGAAAUCUUUGGUAGUUUACUACAGGGUGUUCCUAUUGUUAUCCUACAGAAAGGUGAAGUACAAAAUACGGAAACAUUAUUGAAAAUUCUCGUGAAAGAAAGGGUUACCAGAAUUACAACGGUUCCAUCUUUGUUGAAAAGCAUAGUUCUUUAUCAGAGCAUGUCAGAGAAUAAACUAAAAUCAAGUAUGCGCCUGGUAAUAUCAAGUGGGGAAAAGUUACCUUUCGAUGUCGCUGUAGAUUUUUUCAACGCAUUGUCCAACGAUAUCAAACUAGCUAACUUAUAUGGAAGCACAGAAACGCUCGGAGACGUAACGUUUAUAGUAUUUAACAAUGUUGAAGAAUUGAAAAAUGUUAUGGGGAAAGAACGGGACAGCGUUCCGAUUGGCGUGCCUAUCGCAAACUGUAUUACAUACCUUCUUGACGACAAUAAAAAUCCAGUGGGGUGCAAUAUCGUAGGAGAGCUAUAUGUGAGUGGUAUUAGUGUUACAAAUGGCUACGUAGAUUCUUUGAAAAAUAAUUCUUUCGUCCCAAAUCACCUGUUUGGAUCGGGAAAGAACGCAGCAGUACAUUCCACGCUGUAUAGAACUGGUGACUUUUGCUCGUUUAAAAAUGGUGUUCUUUGGUACGAGGGGAGAAGAGAUUCUCAAAUUAAGCUCAGAGGUCAUAGAAUUAAUACAAAGGAAAUUGAAAGAUGCGCCAGGUCGAUAGAAAACAUUGACUUUUCGGUAGUUUUACUUUGCAAUGAGCAAUUGGUAUUGUUUUACACGACAAAAACCAAAGAAAAUGAAGAUGAUAAACUUCUUGAAACACUUAUUUCAAACCUACCACCAUAUAUGCUUCCUAAGGUGUAUCACAUAUUAGAGCUUCCACUCAUGAAAGAGACGGGAAAAUUAGAUCGGAAACAGCUAGUCGAGCAUUACCAUGCCGUCCAAGUGAAUAACCCAGACAACCCUACAUUCGAUCAGACUUUAUCUGCCAUAGAGCGUGGAGUGAUUGAUGUCAUUUCUGGCGAAUUGUUACUUCAACCAUCGGGCUCGUACCUCAAUAUGAACUUCUUUAAAAUAGGGGGAAAUUCAUUAAAUGCUAUAUCAACAAUAGUAAAGCUCAAAAUUGCCGGGUACAGCAUCGAUUUUGCAGAUUUCCUGGAGUCAGGGACUAUAGGAGAUGUCGUCGAGCGAAUCAAACGAAACGAUGAGGGUGUGAAUGACUUUCAAUCAAAAUCAAAGAGGUACACCAUAAUGCCUAUGACUUCUGCAGACGAUAACGAGGAUGUAAUCCCAUUGGUUGCAAAGUCAUUCUCGACGAAAGUUGACCUUGAUGUUCUCGUUGAUUCAACGUUUGAAGACCUAGAGCUCCUCGUGAAGAGUGUUUGGAAGGAACUGAUAGAAGAAGAUUUGUCUCUCGUUGUUCGAGACAACGAAACUAACAAAAUUGUCGCUGCUGCAUUGAUCCUUGACAUACGAUCAACUGCAAAACCACUGUUUUUAAAAGAAGCUGUUGGUGCAAUAUUAGAAGACGUAGACUUGCCAGUCCGUGAGAAACUUCUUCAAAUGGGAGGUGAUUGGUUAGAUUCAUUCAUGAUAUCAACAGACACCAUGCUCCCCCACAGAGAGAAUAUGGUUUUACUACACAUGAUCGAAGAGGAAGUACUAAAACUUGCUAAAACGAAGGGAUGCAGGGGAAUACUUUCUGUGAACGCCCAUCAGGUGACAAUGGAUUUGGAUGAACAUUACUAUGGAUACACAGUUGAAAAAGUGAUUCACGUAAAAAGCUACAAAUGGAAUGGCACGACACCUUUCGAAGAAGCCAAGGAUGAUUACUAUCUCAAGACAAUGGUCAAAUACCUCUGAAGUUUAAAAUACUUAAGGCUAUAGACUACAAACUCAGUCAACACUUCAAACACCUGCAUAUGCCUUUCAUAUAACUGGUGUUACAGUGACGCGUAUUCAUGUCACUACUUUAUUGAAAUAAAAACAGGCUAAAAUAUAUUUCGGUCGAGGCUUUAUUAUUACAAUAAUGUAUGUCAUCUACAUACUACUGUCGUAGUUUAGUGCAUUAUGUUAUUAAUCUUCUUUUGCCUCUUUCUUUUCACACAACAUCUUAUACACAGAGUACUGGACGUCACCACUGCAACAAUUGCUGAAAUGUGCAGCUUGUUUUGCUUCAUUUACACUGUCGAAAAAGUUUCCGCAUCUUCUUCCUUCUGUAAAAUCCGUGCAGUCUUGGAGUUCUUGUGAUCCCUCGUCACAAACAUUCGUUUUCCUCUCGGCCACCGCCAUUGCCACCACCACCAAACCAAUCAAAACAGCUAUUGUUAGUUUUGCUGCAGUCAUAGUAGAAAGCUACAAUGGAUUUAAAAAAGAUCAUAGAAUUGAUUUUGACAUUACAGAUAUAUUAAGUAAAACUUGUAUCGGCUUUUGUUAAUGGUUGAUAGUAUGCCGAGUCACUCGAGUGGUCAUAGUUAUUGAAGAGUGGAAAACUAUGAAUAAAAACUCCCUGGAGGUUGAGAAACCUACACAUUUUCUAGAAAUGUUGUUUUUAUCGGUUACUUUCGCUAUGAAUAAAGCCUUUUAAAUCGGGUGUGAUGGUCGCAAUGUUUCAUAUAGUUUAAGAACUUAAAGACCUCUAAGGUCAC